UUGAUGAAAGGAUGAAAUCAUUUUAUAGCAUUUGAUGAAAAGGAUGAAAUCUUUCUAGCUCACUAACUCAAAUCUAAUCACCAUUAUUACUCCCAUCCCUAUUCAUUAAUUACUUAUUUCAUUUUCUUAAUUGCUGCCUUCAUUUCAGCUAAAGAUCCCAUUUUUAUGUUGACCCAUUUUUGUUUACACCAUUCUUAAUUUGUUUAUUGCUCCUGAAUCUGUAAUCAUUUAUUGCUCUACACUCCCUACAUUUUAAUAUUUCUCUCUUCUUGAGAGGGGUUUUAGAUUACAAUUUGAUACUACUCCCAUAUCUCUCAUUUCAAGUUUUUUUCUUCACAAUCUUCUUUUGCUUUCUCAGCUAGUGUUGUUGUCGGUCGACGGUGGCGCAGCCUCAAUGCCGCCGCCGGAAUUCCCCUCUCCUCCCCCUUCUCACUCCCCCACUCUGCAAAGAUAUGGCAGUGGGAUUCAUAGAGAUCAUGUACUCAAUAUGUCACCAAAACCCUCUCAACAUCCCAAUUCUGUGACUGGUUUGGCACAUUUGGGGAAAACAUCUAAUAGUAGUGGCUCAGAUACUACUUCUAAGCCUUCUGCCGAGCUGGUGCAAGAGAUUGCCACACUUGAGGUUGAAAUAUCGCGUUUGGAGCAUCAUCUUCUUUCCCUCUACCGAACGGCUUUUCAGCAGCAUCUCCCGAGGAUUACAGAAGACCAAGUGGAAACACCUCGAGGAGGAGGUCGAUUAAAUCAGCCAUCUCAGAAAGAUCGUCAAUGUGAAAACUCCCCAACAAGUUCUUUAGCUGGACCGCAUGAUUUGGCUCAAGUUUCAUUUCAAAAGUCAUCGUCUUAUGCUGGAAGGUUGCAGGAGAAGCAGAGGGCUUAUUCCCAGCAGCGUAGUCUUGCAGAUCAUAUUGGAAAUUCUCGCAUAGAUGAUGCCCUGACUUGUCCGGCUAGACUGUCAGAAGACAUCAUAAGAUGUAUAUCGUCAAUUUACUGCAAAUUGGCCAACCCCACGGCUACUGAGAAAGGCUGUUCGGUUUCAUCUACUUCGUCUUUCGGCUCCUCCACCACGUUUUCUCCCAGAAAUUUAUCUGGAAGUUGGAGUCCUCAAUGCAACGAAGAAGUUACACAAAGUUGUGAUUUUGAGCAGGAGAAUGGACCGUAUGCUGGUAUGGUAGAAGUACUCAAGUUAUGCGUUGACGAUGAAACUUAUAAACAUGCUGAUGUGAUGCUUCAGAGAUUCAGAUCUCUUGUAAAAAGUCUUGAGAUUGUCGAGCCGAUGAAGAUGAGACGCGAAGAGAAGCUGGCGUUCUGGAUCAAUAUUCACAACGCAUUGGUGAUGCAUGCUUAUUUAGCAUACGGGACUCAACAAUACUUGAAAAGUAGUUCGAUUGCGAAAGCUGCUUAUAACGUUGGUGGCCAUUGCGUUAAUGCUUACGACAUACAAAGCUCCAUUUUAGGGAUCACGUCGCACUAUUCUUCACCGGCAAGCCUCCUUCAGACACUUGUGUCUCCGAAGAAGUUGAAGGGUGGGAAGAGCGGGCAUGCUUUCGCCAUUGAAUACCCGGAACCCCUCGUUCAUUUUACAGUUUCAUCGGGGGCGUAUUCAGAUCCCGCGGUUCGAAUUUAUAGAGCAAACAGUGUGUUUGAGGAUAUGAAAGUAGCAAAGGAAGAGUUUAUACAAGCCAAUGUUUAUGUUCAUAAGGAAACAAAAGUGUAUCUACCCAAAAUACUUUGCUACUACGCCAAAGAUAUGUCGAUGACCACGGCUGCGCUCGUGGAAGUGGUGAGCGAAUGCCUGCCCGGAAUUCAGCAGAAAUCGGUGAGAGCCUGCGUUAAGGGUAGGCCGGAAAAGUACAUGAAUUGGUUGGAGCAGAGUUCGUCGUUUCGGUUUCUAAUCCACAAGGAAUUAUAGCCAAAUCCAUUUUUUUUUCUCGUAACUGUAUUUUUAUGUAUAAACUAGUGUUACACCCGUGCGUGCAAAAAUGAUUUGAGAAAAACAGGGGUGUUAUUUUUUGUGAGAAUAGAGAUAGGUAGCUAGUAGGGUGAAGGUGAUGGGUGUAUUCUCCCUGCCCAGAGCUCGGAGACUGAUGGCCUUGUGAGCCACACAGCUCGAGGUAGCCGAGAUUGGGAUCCAUGAAUCCUCGCAGCUUUCUCGGACAAGGAGAUCCGGCAUGACCAAGGAGGUGCAUGAGGGGGUGGCGUUGUAGACGAAUCCCGGAGUGUUGUUUACGUAGCUCCGUUGGGCCUCAAUUGAACCAACAUCGGCACCGGCACGAGGCCAAGAAACCCCAUUGGGCUGAAUACUGGAAUUGGUGUUUUUUUAAUGUUUUUUUAAUGAGAAUCAAUAAUAGUUUUAUAUUUACCUCAA